CUCCGAUUAGCAACUACGGUUGAUCUCGACAUGACUUCUGGACAGUUUAUCCAGUUCAACCUUCAAAUGGGUUGCAAAAAACCAGCAAUCCAUCAGAGCAAACAUUCCGCCGAAACUCGAAUGGAGAGCGAUUUCAUCCCACCCAGUGAAGAGACAUCAAGUUACCGUCUUCAUAGUAUCCUAGUCCAGUACUCGACCAAUGGCGGAAUUGUGUGGCACAUGUUAAAGGAAAUUCACUACCAGGAGACGUCCAGACCAAUAUCGAUAUCAAUUAACUUGGGUGAUUUUCCCGAUGUACAACAAAAUGCUACAAGAUUUCGUUUGUGGCAACCAAGGCAUGAGGGUGUGAUGAUGCAAGCAUGGGCUAUAGAUAACAUCUUCAUUGGAGGGAUGCCAGUCACACCAAAUGUCUUGUAUGAAGACUUCAACAAAGGUUCUCCAAUGGAAGACGUUUGGACUGACUGGCCGGCAGGGGAAGUAGGAGUGCUCUGCGACAAGUCUGACUCAAAUUCUGGUCUCAUUUUGAGGAACGGAGGAGGGAGAACAUGCCGCCUAUACCAGAGAUAUUGCAGUAGAUGAGAAUUCAAUUGUGCAAUUUGAUAUAAGAGUGGGAUGUGGUGACGUCACCGCCAGGGACCAUAACGUGAGCCUCCAGUACAGCUCUGACUUUGGACAAUCAUGGACCACAGUCCGCCCAACAACUGAUCUCCUUCUUCCAGUCCUGACUGUCUCCACGAUCUCCAAACACCUACUGUCUAUUACCCGAACAGUGCGACAAAAUGGCGCCGGCACGUUAUACCCUUACAAGGACUUCCGA